CGAGCCAAACACGGCUGUGUCUGCAGACAGAGCUGCUCUUGUUUGGAAAGGAAGCGCAGCUCCGACCUGCGCCCGCUGUGUGCGCCCCUCUCCCCAUCACCCAGCCCCCUCCUCCUCCUCCCAUCCCAUUGACAGCCUCUCCCUAUUCCUUAUCUCCCUUCAUUGCACCGAUCCCUUUGUUUUGGACCCCCUCUGUCCUCCCUGUGCUGCCUCAAGGUGCUUAGGGUCUCGCAGGUACCGCUGCUCCCAGAGCUUUGGGGGCUGGACUGUAAGAGGGGUCGUGGGCUUUACAAGAAGCGUGUGAUCCGAGCUGGCACGGAAACAAAGCAGCCCUAAGUCACAUCCUAUUGUUUUUCCGAACCAAAGCACAGCCAAAACAUCCUUUCGCUUCGGUUAAACGAGAACAAAAUAGCGAGGGGAUCAAACAGAAGGGAAGCAUCCAUUGGAGAACCGCAGCGCUUUGGGACAGCUGGAUCUAUCGAGGGGGGCGGAGGGGCACCCAGCUCUUGGCCCGUCACUCCCGCAGCCCCGGGGCACGCUCAGCACACGCGGGCGGAGCUCAGUCCCCGGGCGGAGCUGCGGGAGGAGCAGCGGAGCCGUGCGGUGCGGUGCGGUGCGGGGCGGCCAUGGGGCUGCGGGCGGCGCUGGGGCUGAUGCUGCUGUUGGCGGCCGUGCGGGGUGCGGCGGUGCGGGGAGAGCGACGGCGGGCGGAGCUGUUCCUGCAGAAAUAUGGCUAUCUGGGAGCACCGCAGCCAGGCCAGCUCAGUCCCGUGGAGUUCACAGCAGCACUGAGGGAUUUCCAGCGUGUGAACCACCUCCCUCCCAGCGGGGUGCUGGAUGUCCCCACACUGCGGCAGAUGGGACGUCCUCGCUGUGGGACGGGUGAUGGGGAGAACCGCCCCACUGCCCCACGCCGCCGGCGCUCCAUGCAGCAUGGCAGCAAGUGGCACAAGAGGCACCUGACGUACCGCGUGGUGAACUGGCCCCCGUACCUGCCGCAGCACGAGGUGCGCCUGGCUGUCAGGGCUGCCUUUGAGCUCUGGAGCAACGUCUCCUCGCUGGUGUUUUGGGAAGCACGGGAUGGCCCGGCUGACAUCCGCCUGACCUUCUUCCAUGGGGACCACAACGAUGGGCUCAACAACGCCUUCGAUGGGCCAGGGGGGGCUCUGGCCCACGCCUUCUUCCCCCGACGUGGAGAGGCCCAUUUCGACAGCGCCGAGCGCUGGUCCCUGCACAGUGGCAAAGGACGCAACCUCUUUGUGGUCGUUGCACACGAGGUGGGGCACACACUGGGGCUGGAACACUCACCCACCAAGAGUGCCCUCAUGUCACCCUACUACAAGAAGCUGGGCAAGGACUUUGUGCUCAACUGGGAUGACAUCUUGGCCAUCCAGAACUUGUAUGGGAAGCCCUCCAGGGGCUUGGCCGUCCAGCUGCCAGGAAGGGUCUUCACUCAUUUCCAGGACUGGAGUGGGGACCUGUAUGGUGAGGAACAUCAACGGCGGAGCCUCAACACCUACUACUGCCACUCCUUCUUUGAUGCCAUAACUGCUGACACGGAACACAACCUGUAUGUCUUCAAGGGCAGCCACUUCUGGGUGGUGUCAGCCAGUGGCAAUGCCAGCCAGCCUCAACCCCUGCACGUGCGCUGGCCAGGGCUGCCUGCUGGUAUCGAUGCCUGUGCCUACUCCCCAUUCAGCCACAGCUUCUACUUCUUCAAAGGUGGCCGAUGCUGGAACUAUCACCACUCCACCUUGAAGUCUGGCUUCCCCCAGAAGUGCAGUGCCCACGGCCUGCCCCGACACCCCGACACAGCCCUCUACUUCCAACAGCUCCGGCGCCUGGUGCUCUUCAAAGGGGCCAAAUACUUUGUGCUGAGCGAGGAGACCCUCACCCUGGAGCCCUACUACCCCCGCAGCCUACGAGACUGGGAUGGUGUGCCCCCUGGCACAACAGGGGCUGUGGUGCACAGCGAUGGCUUCCUCUACUUCUUUCGGGAUGACCACUAUUGGAGGUUCAACCAAGCCAAGCUGCAGGUGGUGGCUGAUGGCAAAUGGGCUGCUGAGCUGCCGUGGAUGGGCUGCUGGGAUGCCAACGGUGGGCACAUCCUCUUCUGAACCAAUGCUGAGCAUCACUGGGACAAUGUGUUGGCUGAGCCCACCCCACUGCCCCAACCAAGGGGUCCCCAGACCCAGGGUCAUGGACAGCAGCAAUGAGGCUGGGAUGGAGGGUCCCUUACAGCCAGGUGGGCUGUGAUUCAGCCUUAAGAACACCUAUAAGCCAUGGACACUGCGAACACACCAUUUCUGUUCACUUUCAGGAUUCUUUUUACAAGCCAGGACUGGUUUUUUAUUAAUCAUUUAUUGUUUUUCCAUGAUCAGGCAGAGAACUGCCUUAUGAUGGGUGCUCUGGUGCUUCGAUGGUUUUAAAUGAGCAACUGAGACUGGUUUUGGUUAAAACAAGAAGAGACUUCUGGACAUAACCAUAGGUUUAUGUCUCUAUAAACAUGGCUUUACAGUCUCAGGUGGUAACUGGGGCCCUGCUGCCCCAUAUGUGGGGCCAGUGGGAUGCAGAGCCCAGGACAAGCCCAGCUCUGAACAAAAUGGUGUGGUUUUGAGGAGGAAAUAGAGAUUUUUGGUGAAGGAACAGGGGAAAAAAGGAGCUGUGAGGCAGUAUAGAGGGGCUGGAGGGCAGCAGGGGAUGGGAGGGUGGAUUCUCUGCUGUCUAAUAAGGGUUGUUCAUCCCUUGAGGGCAGGGCAAGUGUCUCUCUGUGGUAGUACUGAGUCCUGUAUCCCCUUCAGUCCUAUUCUGAUUUGAGAUCUUGGUGCCUUUGGGUUUGUUUUCUGUGAUAUCUGUGAAUAGACCCUUCCUGCACAGACACGGGACACACAAGCAGCACAAAAUCUCAGGGGAUUUUUUGAUGUUGCCAAAGAGACGAGGCUGCAGUGUUUCAUUCUGAAUAAGGUGAUAAUGAUGCAGCAUCACUUGCAGCUUUUCAGGGGCCUGGAGACCUGAUGGUGAAUAAAACAAACCUCCGGAUUCACACUGCUGGCAUCCCCCUCUGUUUUCAUGUCAGGCUGUUGUAUAUAUAUUAAAACCUGAUUUUGUGAUUUCCA